UCCACAGCAGACACAGAUCACUUCUGUAGGUGAGCCACUGAAGUAUUAUUACAACAUUUUGCUCACGACAUCCGGCCAUACACAAUGCCCAUCGAACAUAUACCACUCGCCCAAUGGGUGACCGAGAUCAACGAUACUUUGUUUAUCCAACCGAAUGACGAACUCGCCCUCAUGGCUGUCAAUGAACAAGUUGAUCCGAGCUUAGUAGUCAAGAUCAACCACAGCGUCUUCAACUACGAUCAAUUCAAGGCAGGCCUCCAGUACGCCCGCAGUGCCAGUACAUCGAUCCAAGGCGAGUUUUCAGUGAUACUCACCUGGGAGAACUCAGAGAAACCAGACGGCGUGGUGGCGGUUUUUAGUAAAUGGAUAUCUAAGGAUAAGGCUACGGGCAAGGAGACCAAAAAGGCCAAUGUUAUCCUCUGGGAAGUCAAGUGGAUAGAUGGCAAAAGGAAGCUUACGGGACAGACUGAGGUGGAGGCCAUGUGAGAGCAAGUCUGGCAAAGUUCCAUUAGAUUCAAGGAUUUGAUAUUCCUUGUUUGUGCAAAAUCUGACUGCUAAAGGCACGCGAUACGC